AUGAGGUUGACGUCGCUGCUACUGGGCUGCUCGUCGGCCCUGCUGGCCGCUGCUUGCGGCAACCACGGCGACGAUAAGGAGUGGACCAAGGCCGAGCUGGAUGAGUUGGAAGCGAAAUGGGGUUUCGAGGUGAUGGGGUCAGUCAUCGCCGUUGCGCGGGAGGGUACGAGGGAGACGUUGAGGCUCACGAGGCGUUUAGGAUUCACGGGCAUCGGCUCCUUCGCUCAUCUCAAGCACGUAAAGUGCCUGACGACGCCGUCCGAGUUGUACGACAUCGCCAUCAUCGGCGCCCCCUUUGACACGGCAGUUAGUUACAGGCCAGGUGCUCGCUUCGGCCCCCGCGCCAUCCGCCAGGCCUCGAGCAGACAGACGUCCUUUCGCGGCUUCAACCCGCGCGCCAGCAUCAACCCGUACGCCAACUGGGCCACGAUCCUCGACUGCGGCGACAUACCCGUCACGCCCAUGGACAACGUCGUCGCCGUGGAGCAGAUGUCGGCGGCCUUCAAGGAGCUCGGGCAGAGGAGGCCCGUGUCGUCGUCGCUGAGCCGGCCGAAGCUCAUCACCCUCGGCGGCGACCACAGCCUCGCGCUGCCGGCGCUGAGGGCCCUCCGGGAGGUGUACGGUGCGCCCUUGAGGGUGUUGCAUUUUGAUGCUCACCUAGACACCUGGCACCCAGCCAAGUACCCCUCCUACUGGACAGCAACGCAAUUCAACCACGGUUCCAUGUUCUGGAUGGCCGGCAACGAGGGCCUCCUCUCCAACGCGACAAACCAGCCCUCGGUGCACGCGGGGCUCCGUACCCGCCUCUCGGGCACCGACUUUGCAGACCACGAGGACGACACGGCGCAGAACUGGGUGCGCAUCGCCGCCGACGACAUUGACGACAUUGGCACCGCGGGUAUCGUCAAGUCCAUCAUGGGAACCCUGGGCACCGAGGACCCGGUCUACCUGUCCGUCGACAUUGACGUGCUGGACCCGGCGUUCGCUCCCGGGACGGGGACGCCUGAGCCCGGCGGCUGGACGACGCGCGAGCUGAUUCGUAUUCUGAGGGGCAUCGAGGGCCUGAACUUGGUUGGCGCUGACGUGGUGGAGGUGAGCCCUGCGUACCAGAAUGCCGGGGAGGAGACGGCGCUGGCGGCGGCGCAGGUCGUGUACGAGGUGCUGAGCUCGAUGGUGAAGAAGGGGCUAGAGGGGAUGGGGAAGGAGGGCAAGGCUGCUGCUGCUACUGCUGCUGCUGCUGACGUUGUUGUUGACGAGAAGGAUGAGUUGUGA